AAUGUCCCUCAGAGAAAACAAUCAAGGUGCCAGCAGCCGGCUUGGUGCUCCUUUCAGCUGCCCACCAUGGCCCGGGGGCUGCCCAGCACCGCCGGCCUGGUGCGCUUCUGCCAGAAGCUGAACCGGCUGAAGACACUGAAGGAACCCACCAGAGGGACAUCACUGCAGCGUCACCUGACCACGCUGGACCUGACCCUGCUGGGUGUGGGUGGCACGGUAGGCGUGGCCCUCUUCGUAUUCACAGGUACUGUAGCCAAGGAGAUGGCCGGCCCUGCGGUGCUCGUGUCCUUCAUUGUGGCUGCUGUGGCCUCCCUGCUGGCAGCCCUAUGCUAUGCGGAAUUUGGGGCGCAUGUGCCCUACAUGGGCUCUGCCUACCUGUUCACUUACUUGUCCGUGGGUGAGCUGUGGGCCUUCCUCAUCGGCUGGAAUGUGCUCCUCCAGUGCCUCUUUGUUGGCGCUGCUAUGGCCAGUGCCUGCAGUAGCUACCUGGACGUCAUCUUCGGCCACAGCAUCCGCAGCUUCACUGAGGCCCAUGUGGGCAUCUGGCGGGUGCCCUUCCUGGCCCAGUACCCAGACUUCUUGGCUGCUGGCAUCAUACUUUUGGUCUCCGCAUUUAUCUUCUGUGGAGCCCGCGUCACUUCCUGGCUCAAUCGCGCCUUCUCUGCCAUCACCCUGGUCGUCAUCCUCUUCAUCAUCAUCCUGGGGUGUGUCCUGGCCCGCCCGCACAACUGGAGCACUGAGGAGGGUGGCUUUGCGCCCUUCGGCUUCUCUGGCAUCAUGGCCGGUGCUGCCACCUGCUUCUACACCUUUGUGGGCUUUGAUGUCAUUGUUGCAUCCAGUGCAGAGGCCCAGAACCCAAAGCGAGCUGUGCCUAUGGCCAUCACCAUCUCACUUGGCCUGGUAGCUGGUGCCUACAUCCUCGUCUCCACUGCGCUCACCCUCAUGGUGCCCUGGCACAGCCUGGACCCUGACUUGGGGCUUGCUGACGCCUUCUACCAGCGGGGCUAUAGCUGGGCGGGCUUCAUCGUGGUGGCUGGCUCCAUCUGCGCCAUGAACGGUAUCCUGCUCAGUUACGUGUUUUACCUGCCACGUAUGGUCUGUGCCAUGGCCACCGAUGGGCUCUUCUUCCAGGUGUUUGCCUAUGUGCACCCCUGGACACAGGUGCCCGUGGUGGGCAUCCUGGUGUUUGGGGUCCUCAUGGCUUUUCUGGCACUGCUGUUGGACGUUGAGGCACUGGUCCAGUUUCUGUCCAUUGGCACACUGCUGCCCUAUACAUGUUUGGGUAUCAGCAUUAUCGGGCUACGCUUCCAAAAGGUCCCUCCAUCCAGUUCCCUGGACCCAGCCAGCCCUGUGUGCCCUGAGCCUGGGCAGCUGCGACCAGCCCUGAGGCCCUACCUCGGCUUCCUGGGUGGGUGCAGGCCUGGAGCUGCCGUGGCUUGGGCACUCGGUGUCCUGGUGGCCUCGGCCAUCACUCUGGACUGCGUGCUGGUCUUCGGGGACUCGGCCCUGCACCUCCCGCUCUGGGGCUACACCCUGCUGCUCCUGCUCAGCUCCGUCAUGUUUCUGCUCAGUCUCCUCGUCCUGGGGGCCCACCAGCAACAGCGCCAGCAGGACACCUUCCAGGUUCCCCUGGUGCCCCUGACUCCAGCCCUGAGCAUCCUCCUCAACAUCUUCCUCAUGCUGCACCUGAGCUCCCUGGCCUGGCUGUGCUUCUCCAUCUGGAUGCUGAUAGGACUCGCGGUGUAUUUUGGCUACGGCAUCCGGCACAGCAAGGAGAACCAGCGCCAGCGGCCGGGGUUGACUGCCACACGCAGCAGCCUGGAGGAGACGGUGCAGGCCUGGCAGCCCCCCAGCCAGGCACCAGCCCAGGAGCCGGACCGCACAGAUCAGCCCACCAGUCCAUGA